GCUCGUUCGCCCGAGUCUCGGUGUCAAGCACUCCAAGUAUACCCACAGUCCGAACCGCAUCGCGAUUCGCGAGCACAAAAUCUGCACCUGUCUCGCGAUACGAGCAGCUCGAGCAAAGUUAAAAUAACCAUUGCAAUCGAGUCUUUAUUAAUUGUUUGUGUCUCAUUCUCGAGUCGAUCCGGGCAGUGAAUUUGGCCCAGUUGACAGAUACGCCUGCAUUUUUUGCGCGACAACGUGCGCCAAGAGUUUCGCGAGCUGAACCAAGCUAUAACCUGCAACGUGCGCCAAGUGUCGAGUGUGCAGCGUGGCGUUGUCGGAUUUGCUUGGGCAGUUGGUUUAGAGCUAUGUCGGAGCUCGCUGCUUCCGGAGCGGCACGAUGACUCGCCUGGCUCUCUCGACUGAGCAGCCGCAUUCAAAGGGCCAAUGGCUUGCGACGAGCAGGAUAGUUCAGCGAUGACGAGCGAGCGUCUGCAGCAUCGACAAGCCAAGCAAUCUCCGCAACGUCGAGCGAGUGAAAGAGUGAAUAUGAACUCCGCUCGUCGCCACAACAAUAACAAAGUCGGCUCAGCAACGAGCAGAGUCUCGUCCCAGUCGUCCGUGUCGUCUUGCUCGUCGUCGUCUGCCUCGUCGUCUCUUUCGUUCUGCCAGCCGGACAAAAACGACUCCUCCUCCUUGAGCUGCAGCUUCGACAGUGCGGAUCUCGCUGCGCUUUCAACGACCGCCAGCUGCAAAAUUAGCCAUCGAAACGAUGACAGCGUUGCUCCUUCUGCCGUUCCGACGACGGCUAUAGCGACGUCUGCUCGUCAGCUGCGUCCUAGCAAACGAUAGCGGUAGAAAUCAAGGAGCCGCAGCAAGGACAGCGGCAGCGUCGCCAUGUCGGACGUGGCCGAACGCAACGAGCAGGCGGCCCGCUCCCUGGCCCUCGAGCAGGCCUACGUGCACGACGUGUACGAGCAGUGCGCCGAGCGCACCCUCCAUAGCCGGCCCCGGCCGAGGAUCCAGCAGUUUCUCGAAGAGCUCGAGCCCGGCGCCCUCGUCUGUGAUAUUGGUUGCGGCAAUGGGAAAUAUCUCAAGGUCAAUCACAACGUGUUCAAAGUGGGCGGCGAUCGAUGCAGAAAAUUGGCGGAGAUGGCGCGCGAUCAGAACCGAGGCCUGAGCGCCGGAACGGCCGCCGGCCAAUGCGAGCUCAUGACCUGCGACAAUCUGGCCCUGCCGUUCCGCGACGAGAGCUUCGACGCGGUCCUCUCGAUCUGCGUCGUGCAUCACCUGUCCAGCACCGAGCGUCGCGUCAGGGCCCUCAAGGAGCUGGCCCGCGUGCUGCGCAUCGGUGGCAGGCUCAUCAUAUCGGUCUGGGCCAUGGAGCAGAAGCACAGAAAGUUCGAGUCGCAGGACGUUCUGGUGCCGUGGCCGAAAGCCUACUGCCUCAGCUCGGCCGGCGGCAGCCCGAUCAAGCCCCGAGGCUUCGUCUGGGACGAGCAUCAGCGUCAGCGAGACAGAAACGGCCAAAGUUCUUUGUCGGGCAAACGGGAGAAGCGACGAGGCAGCAAAGUCGCAGCCAACAAAGCCUACUGGAUCGAGCCGAUCUUCAGCCCGUCGCCCUCGACGAGCAGCAGCCUGUCCAGUCCCAACGAGACCUGCUACAGCUUCUUUCGUCGGGCCCUGCAAAAGCUCGCGGGUGGCCGUCGCAACAGUCGGGCCUGGUUCCUCGACAACUGGCAGCAGCAGAACGGCGCCGCCGCCGCCAACGGCAACAGCACCAGCAGCAGCAGCAACAGCAGCCACAGCGGCAGCAGCAACGGGCCCAACGGCUACGCCCUCGAGCACGGCCACGACGAGGAGGACGAGGAGGACGUGGACGACCUGCCGAUCGAGCUGCGCCGCUUGGAGGACCCUCUGGGCGUCUCGCUGGGCGUCAGCGGCUGUCGGGGCUCCGAUAAACGGGAUCGGCUGCGACAGCAGAGCUCCGACAGCAGCGGCAUGAGCGCCAAGUCCAAGAGCCUGAGCAGUCUGCACGUCGAGCUGCAGCGCAGCGACGACCUGGUGCGCUCGAGGUCGAGUCUGCCGCUGCCCACGAGCGGCCAGGCCUCCUUCGACGAGCAGCAGCAGCAGCAGCCCGAUCAAGCCUCCAAGCCCAAAUUGGUCAAGCAGAAGCAGCACCUCGCGUUCGACGAUGCUUGCCUCGACGAUCUACCCGAAGACACUGCCAUUGACAUUCGCCUGAGCGCUGCCGACGACGAGCAAAACUCCACCCUUCAGGCGUCGUCCAGCAGCGGCAUCUGCUCGUUAUUAUCGGCCUCCUUAUCGGAGCUACCAAAGACGAUAUUGGUGUCCUCGUGCGAAGCCGAGCCAGCGGAGCAGCAGCAGCAACCGCAGCAACCGCAACUGCUCAAUCCACUGAGAAACGUGUGCAAGCAGAGCUCCAUGAACGAGGAGAUCAUGUCGUUCGAGCGGCUCAAGGAGCGCGAGAGCGUCCACCGGAAUAUCAUGAAGCAGGCCUCGCUCAACGAGGAGCUCAUCUACAACACCGAGAGGCGGCCCACCCUCGAAGCCCUGAGGGACAGCAUCUACUCGGCCAGCGCCUCGAGGCGAUUCCAACUCCUGAAAAGCGGCCUUACCAAUCGCAUAAGACAGUCGACGACCAACAUCGAGAAGGUCUCGAGCGCGGCCAUCAAGAAUGCCUUUGUCGGAAUACUCCAGAGCUGGAAAUCGACCGAAAGCCCGACGGCGACGCCAUCGACCACGACCACGAGCGUCGCGAGUGCCAUGAACAGCGCUAGCGCCGGCACUGGCCCGCUCGGCGCCGAUCCGAACCGAGCCGCCUCGCAGCCGGACACGCCCUUGACGAGGCAGCCGAUCGACUGCCCGAUCGAGCGACGAUUGUCGCGCGAGGAUGGCUCGGACUCGUCCAAAGACUCGAGUCUGCAGAGCGACACGAGCGUCGACUCGGAGGACAGCUUCGCCUCGGUCAUCUACGUGCCGAAAAAGUCGUCUUCGCCUCUGCUCGGCGGCGAGGCGGCCAUGAACGCGUCGCCUCUGCCCUCGGCGGCGUCCAAUUUGCAAUUCAUCGCCGCGUGCAGCGCAGCAGCCGCCAGCUGCUCCGUCUCGUCCUCGUCGGCGCCGCCCUCGCCCAGGCUCAAAGACGCCUCGCAGAGACUCAAGAUGAUGAACAGCGCUUGCUCGCCGCUGCUCAAGCAGCAGUUCCCGGCCACCUCCAAGAGCCUGCCGCCGACGAGCCCACCCGGCUUGUCGCCGAGGAUGCUGAGUUUGGCCAACGCGAGGCCUUUUUUCCCCGGCAACGAGUCACCGCUCGCAGCGCCAGCCAGCGCCGCUCCUCACAGUUUGGCCGAGCGAGUCGCCGAUAUGAAGCGAAGCUUCGACGCGAGCCUGCCGCGCCAGCAGCUCUACAGUCGGCCGGAAAUAUUGCCGGUCAGGAGAAUGAGUAGUCUCGGAGCUAACAUGACAUCCAUGGCCAAAGUUACGAGCGACAAGUCGGAUAAAAGCGAGCUUACUCGUGUGCAGAUGACAAUAAAUAAAGAAACUACUAUGGACAUGCCAACAGAAAUUAGUAUAAAAAGAGAUACGCCAGAUUGGAAACAAUCAGAAAAUGUACAACCUCAUCGGUCCAAAAGCAGUGAAGAAGGAGGAGGGGCGUCAGAGGGUGGUGCUGAAGAGGUGACUUCGAAAGCCAAAAUAAACAACGACGAAAGCUCGGGAGAAACGAACGACAAGUCGAGCAAUCGCUCCUUGACUAGCUGCAGCGAAGAAGAGGAAACACUCGGCAGUCGCAAGGCUCGACUGAACCAAAUUAAAGAAUUGCUCAAACAAAAGCCGGGAUUCGCCGCGAGAACGAGACCGGCUUAUCCUCUGGUGCGUCGAGCCUCGACGGCGAGCGGCAAAGCGUCCGAGGCCCAGGCCAACAGUAAACUCCUGCCGAGGCUCUUGUCGCUCGAGCUGUUCAACCCGGAGACCGACGACCUGGACAGCGACUCGUCGGGCCUGAGCUCGCCCGAGUCCUGCGGCAGCGUCAUCAGCGUCGUCGGCGACAAGAAGAAGACGGCCAGUGCCUCGUCCAACAGCAGCGCCAGCGCCGACAAGCCCGACGACGCCAACUCGGACAAAGCCAGCCAGAAAUCGACCUCGAGCGCCGACUCGGACUCCUUGGCGCAGGAAUCGCGCGAGGAUUCCUCGUCGCGACCGAUCAACGUUUUGGCGAAAUCCGACGACCAACGACUAGCCAAAAACGACAUCGACAAAGCCAUGGAAAAUCUACUCCUCCAAAAGAACAAGGUCAAACUCGACACGAGUGGAAUUGGCAGCAGAUCGGGAGUCGGUGCUUUGGACAGGCACAUAUCGCCGAUCGAGAGCACCUGGAACGAGGAGUGCAGCAGACAGCUCGAGGAUCUGCGAGAUCGUCUGGGCGAGAAUCUGAUCCAAGACAUCGACCAGUUCUGUCGCAUGAGCCAACUGGCCGACGCCGAGCACGAUGGCCCUCUUGCCAAGAAACAGACGAGGGCGACGAGGACGACGAAGCGGGCCGACAGCGAUCACGACGCGACGAGUCUCAGCAGCGGCAGCGACAAUCAGAGGGACGAGGGUGUCCAGCUGUCGCAUCAACGCAGCUGCGGCAGCGAGACCGACUCGGCCUCGUUCGACGAGCCGCCGGCCACGACGAAGCUGCCGAGCGGCUCGCUCAGGUCGAUCGGCGCCGGCAGCCCCCCGCCCCAUCUGGGCCGCAAGCAUCGGUCGAUCGAGUCGAGCGACAUCGGCGACUCGAUCGAGCACACCAUGAGCAGCGACAGCGAGUCGAUCCGACGGAGCGGGGGCACCUCCUCGACCGCCAGCCUGGCCACCACCUCGUCGAGCUUCAACGAGAUCGAGCGAGCGGCCAGAGCCAAACUGCCUACGGCGGUGGCGGCGGCGGCGGCGGCCCAGCUCGAUCGAGGCCAGCAACAGCAGCAGCCCCGGCUCAAGACUCGACAGGAGCCGAGAAAGCAGCAGAAGCAGCUGAGCAGCAGCGCCAGUCGCAGAUCGGCCACGAGCAACGACGGCACCCUCAGUGGCUCCAGUUCUCAGGAGUCCCUUCCCUCCGAUCAGAUGACUUAUCAUCAGUACUAUCACGUGUUUCGCGAGGGCGAGCUCGAUCAGCUGAUCGACAAGUACGUGGAAAAUUUACACGUCAUAUCCUCUUAUUACGAUCACGCGAGCUGGUGCAUCGUCGCCGAAAAAGUACAAGUUUGGACCAUAUGACUCGUUGCGUUUCGCCACAUGAAUCUAUAUGUCUGUCUUACACCAAAGCCAUACGUUCGACCAACAAAUGUACUUAGUAAAAGGUCUCCUUCUUCGCCAUCUUCAACCUCGAUCAUCCAUCCUGAACAUUCAUGUUCAUUUCAAUCGACGAGCUUAUACAUCGGCAAAUAUACAUUUCGCCAUUCUAUUAGUUUUGACAAGCUGUAUCUUAUACUUUCUAUCCGCUGUAGCUUAUCAGCUGUAUCUUAUACGCACUAUCCGCGUGCCUAUAUUAUUAUAUAAUAUAUGCAUAAAUCAUAUUUGUCAAAGAGAUACGCGUCGCCACAAAAAUUCUUCGUUACCUCCACAUAUUUUAUUUUUUUUACUCCAUUUGCUGUGAUAUAUAUUUUAUUGUUAUAGAGAAUUCAUUAUAUAUAAAAAAACCUUUUGUUAUCAUUCAUUCAACGUUUACACAGGAUGAGUGUUACAUAUGAACGUGAAGCGAAAAAAAAAUUUUUUUCGCUCCACUCUAAUAUGUAUGCAAAAAUACAUAUUUUACGCAUGUAAGUGAAAAGUGCAAAACAAAAAAAUUCUUUUCAUCAUUACGUACGAAAAUUCGAACAAUUUAUAACUUUUUAUAAAAUGAUAAGAAAUCUAUUUAUAUGUUAAACUAUGGAACAAAAAUAAACUGUUUCCUCGUCAAGAAUCGGAAAAAUCGUCAUUAAUGUUGAAAAAUCAGAAUCUAUGCAUAAAAUUCUGACUGAUAUAAAGGUAUGGUAAAGAGAGAAAAAAAUUGUUAUAUUAGUAUUAUGAAAUAAUUGGAAAAUUUGAAUAUUACAAGGAUUUUUAACACACUCAAUCUCAUGUGUUAAAAAUGAUUGUAUGGAGAGUGCCACAAAUAGAUGUACUCAAUGAAGAUUUAAAAAGGUUGCAGUCUUAUAAAGGUUCUGUAUUUAUUGUAUCUCAUCAAUCUAUUUACUGAAGAAACAAUUUAAUUAUGUUAUAUUAUCACAAAAAACAUAUCAUUUAGAAUAAAAUACUAUUGCUUUGACUAGAAUGUAAAAUAUUUAUUAAUAUCUGUGGACAUCAGCACCAAAUGACGUAAAAAAAAGCAAAAGCUCCAAUACUUUCUUGUACAUAUGUAAAAUAAAUACGAUAAAAAUAUAUUAAAUAAAGUAAAUAGUAACAAAUAAUGCUCAGCAGCAGUAAAAAGCGCACAUUUAUAUUUUUUUCAAUAUUAUGUGGGUAGGUAGUUAAUGAAAAUUUUAAUUUUUUGCAAAAAGCAAAAAUAUUCAAUUAUUUCAAUAUUUUACGACAAUUCUCAUGCGCUUUUAUGAUGUUAAUGAUGAUAAAUACUGCUGUAUCUAUUAUAUGUCUCAAAUUAUAUUGCAUUUAUGCGUGUUAUCUAUAACUAUGACUAUUAUACAUAUUUAUAAAAAGUAUUAUAAGGUUGUUGUUGAAGAAAAAUGUAUUUGUUGAAGUGCA